AUGUCUACUUUUGAUGGAAUUGUUCAAGAGUUUCCUGGCAUUCGGAUCGAUUAUUUCCGCAAAGCCCCAGAGAGGCCUCCUCCCCUAGCAUGCUUUCUCAGCCAUGUCCACAGCGACCACUUGCAAGGGCUGGAGUCCUUGCGGGCUCCCUUCAUCUACUGCUCCGCAGCAACUAGAGAGAUACUUCUGCGUAUUGAAAAAUAUCCGCAUCGUAUGAACUUCAGCAAAGGCAUCCUCGAAUCAAGACAGUUGUCUUACAAGCACUUAUCUAAGCUUCUACGACCAAUCCCAUUGAACACGCCGACGGAGAUCGAACUUACUCCUCGGCUAUCCAUCCGAGUGACCCUUUUUGAUGCGAACCACUGUUCAGGGGCAGUGAUGUUUCUCAUUGAGGGCAAUGGAAAGGCUGUCUUGUAUACUGGUGAUAUUAGAGCGGAAACCUGGUGGGUUAACAGCCUUGUCCGGCAUCCGAUUCUUAUUCCAUACACUCUGGGGAAUAAACGGCUGGAUAAUAUUUACCUUGACAAUACUUUUGCACGCGCCUCUCACAUAUCAAAUGUCUUCCCAUCAAAAGCGGAAGGACUGUCCGAACUUUUACAAAAGGUUGCUCUGUAUCCGGAGGAUACCACGUUCUAUUUUCGCGCGUGGACAUUUGGGUACGAGGAAGUUUGGGUCGCACUUUCUGCUGCUCUGAACUCAAAGGUGCAUUUGGAUCGCUACCAACUUGGUCUUUACAAAUCACUAGUUUCCCAAGGAACAGACGUAAACGAAGCGCCCGCCCUUUGCGGAUACGAGCUCGGGAACCGGUUUGUUUCUGGAUGCUUAAGCGAGGACCAGAACUGUCGCAUUCACAGUUGUGAGCCAGGUGUACAGUGCUCUGCAGUUCCAUCCGCGAAAACUGUCUACAUUGUACCGAUUGUUCAUCGCACCAAAGAUGGCUCAAAGGUUCCCGAAAUCGGCAUCGGUGGCGGUGCUGGCGAUUUGUACCAGAUCCAUGAACUCGAGUUACCAGAUGAACUAGCAUUGGAACAACUGGACAAAUUAUGUCUCGAGCAGAUCCAUGAUCCACGAAGUCUCUCGCAAACAAGGAAGGCCCUGUUUGAUGCAUUUAGGUCCAAGACCAAGGCUCUCUCACUGGACAGUUACGGAAUGAAAGAAGAUCAUGAAAUUCCCCUGGAUAAUCUCAUACGCAUCCUCAGCCGUGGUCACUCCGGGGAAAAGCUUUGGCUAGAUGUGGCCCAACAUCCGUCGGGACAGGAACCAAAUGACCAAGCUGACGCCCCCCUUCCCAAAACCAUUAACUUUCCAUACUCACGCCAUUCAUCCUAUUCCGAGCUAUGCGAGCUAGUCGCCGCAUUCAAACCCAAAGACAUCGUUCCCUGCACAGUUGACCCUUUCACCUGGAACGAGGAUGUGUCAAUGCAGUCCUUAUUCGGUCACCUCUGCUCAGGAACAAACUUCACCCACGACCAACACAUGCGUGACAUGCUAGCCAACAACCAAGAACUUCGCUCGAAAAAAGAAGCACUACGUGAUGACACCGUCACGCCACAAUCAAGCCAGAUAACCUCUAGCUUACCAGACAGCAUUGUCGUAUCAUCAAUCCCAUCAAAACGCGCAGCUCCUCAAGACCAGUCUCAAUUUCUGCCUCGUCAUAAUGAAGUCUCCAACACACCGUUAGCCUCGGCAAAUGCACCUGCUCCGAUUCAAUCCUCGUUAGAAACAACAUCCGACAUAGCAUCUUCUCCAAAGAGACCCCUUAUCCCCACGUCCACUCCAGAGACCAAGAGAAUCAAGCAGAAUGAAAUUCGUCAAGCCUGGAACCUACUCAACAACGCCCGAUCUGAACACCCGUUCUAUCAGCUAGGAGAUCUACCUUCAUCGUUCGAUACCGAACCAGAAGACGAGCUCAAUGACCCCACAUCCAACCACGCGAAAGGAACUGGAUCUGGUGUCCACGACACGCAAACCGGAUUCCACCAUGAGAGUGAUAUUACUCAGGGCUCGGAAAGUCCGCCUCACCCAUCCGAAAUGAUGGAUAACACGCACAACACAUACCUUCCCCACAACGAAAUCAACGAAACCAUCCCCGAAAGCCAAAACACCCACCCCUUCUCCAUCCCCUCAUCAGCCUUCGACUCCCAAGAACAAAUCCCAGAUAUCCACAACGACACAACACCACCAAACAACCAACCCCAUUCCCCCGAACAAGAAACCCAUGAAAUAAUUUCCAAUUCCGACAUGCACGAUCACGAUGACGACGACGACGACGACGACCAAAGGAACCAAUCCCAUACAAUCCGACCGUCUUUGAAUCGAUCCAGCUCGUCUCGAAACCGAAAAGCGGCGUAUCUCGCCGCUCGAGCGGAUAGUUUUGAUGCUUGGGUUUCCAUGUCGCUGGUUUCGGCUGGGAAUAAUCAUACUGAGGAGGAGAUUGAACUUUGA